UCCUCACUUCUAUAUAAAUAUUUUUGCUGUUAGUCUUUACUAUCCUGUUUCCUCUAUAGUUUCCAAAUACUUCUUGCUUAUUUCUGAUUUUUACCUGAAUACGUACCAGAGAAAACAUGGCUGAGGCUAUUGUUACUGAAGUUGCUAAGGAAAUACUAAGCAAGCUGAUUCCACUUGUUACCGAGCAGAUCGGGCUUGCUUGGGGUUUCAAGGAGGAGCUGACACGGCUUCGUCAGUCAGUGGAGAUGAUCCAAGAUCUGCUGGCUGAUGCAGAGAGAAAGCAAGUGACUGACCUGUCAUUGAGGCGCUGGCUGCAGAGACUUCAAGAUGUUGCUUAUGAUGCUGAUGAUGUGAUGGAUGAGCUUGCGUAUGAGAUUCUCCGGCGAAAGGUAGAGAUCCGAAAUCAAAUGAAAAGAAAGGUAUGCUUCUCCUUUUCAUUUUCAAACCCCAUUGCAUUUCGUAUCAAGAUGGCCAACAAGGUUAAGAAUAUUAGCGAGUCUCUAAAAAAGAUUAAUGAAGACGCAAAUGGAUUUGGACUUACUAGAGCAAAAUUAGUAAAUGCAAAUCCUGAGAUAAUCCCAAACCGAGAGACAGACUCCUCUGUUGAUCAUUCAGAAAUUGUAGGAAGGGAAGAUCAUGUCUUAGAAAUAGUAGACUUGCUGCUUAGUGCAACCAAUCAACAACUCUCAGUCAUUCCUAUUGUAGGAAUGGCAGGUUUGGGAAAAACAACUUUAGCAAAAUUAGUGUACAAUCAUGAGCUAGUAAAGAGACAUUUUGAUAAGACAAUAUGGCUAUGUAUCUCUGAUGAUUUCAAUGAUAAAAGGAUUUUGAGAGAGGCUUUAGAAUCCCUUACCCAUAACUCAAGUACAUUAGAAAAUAAGAAUACAAUAUUAGAAUGCCUUCAAAGGGAGUUGCAAGGCAAAAGAUAUCUUCUAAUACUUGAUGAUGUAUGGAAUGAAGAACCUGUGAAAUGGGAUUCUUUAAGGAGUUGUCUAUUAGGAAUUAAUCCGAAUGCGGGAAACAGCAUUAUUUUAACAACCCGUAGUGAUAAAGUGGCCAAAAUCACAAUGACACUUCCACAAAAUAACUUGAAAAAACUAUCAGAAGAUGAAUGCUGGUCCAUAAUUAAAAAAAAAGUAGCUCUUAAUGAAAUAGUUCCACUAACUCGUGAUUUAGAGGCUAUUGGAAGGGAUAUUGCCAAAAAAUGUGGAGGGGUCCCAUUAGCUGCAAAAGUCCUAGGGGGGACGAUGUCUCUUAAAAAGGAGAAAAGUGAAUGGUUAGCAAUUCAAAACAAUGAAAUUUGGAAUUCGCUAAAUGGUAGUAAUGAAAUGUUACCAAUAUUAAAAUUAAGCUUUGAUCAUCUUUCACCACCAUCUCUUAAACAAUGUUUUGCAUAUUGUUCAGUUUUCCCUAAAGAUUAUAGGAUUAGUAAGGAAGAAUUAAUUCAGCUUUGGAUGGCUGAAGGGUUCCUUCAACCAUCUCUAGGAGGUUGUCAAGUGAUGGAGGAUAUUGGUAACAGGUGUUUUGAUAUCUUAUUGGCAAAUUCCUUAUUCCAAGAUGAGGAAAAGGAUGAAUAUGAUAAUAUUAUCAUAUGCAAGAUGCAUGAUUUGGUACAUGAUCUAGCUCUCUCAGUAUCAAAAUCAGAGACCCUAAUUUUAAAUGAGGAUUUGAGAGAUGAUAUCAGCCUUGUACGACACUUGGUGAUCCAACCUAAAGGCAAAACUAUACCAAGAAUUCCAUUUUUAAAAGAUGGUGCCUGGAAAUUGCGCACAUUUAUUUCAGAAAAUGCUGCACUUGCUAACACAAUAUUCAAUUUUGAAUGCUUGCGUGUUUUAAAAUUAUAUGGAGACAGUAUAAAAGAAUGCCAAGUUCAGUUGGCCUAUUAAUACAUUUGAGACUUCUCUGCAUCUCAAGUACCUACAUCGAAGUGUUACCAAAGGCCAUCACCAAGCUGUACAAUUUGCAAACUUUAAGAGUUGAACGUUGUUAUAAUCUCAAAGAGUUUCCAGAAGAUCUAAAAAAUUUGAUUAAUUUGAGACAUAUUUAUUUUAAUGA